GAGGUGACGACAUGGGGCUCAAGCUGUCCUGUCUAAAAGGCUUUAAGAUGUGCGUCAGUGCCAGCAGUAGCCAUGACGAAGCCCCAGUCCUAAAUGACAAGCACCUGGAUGUACCCAACAUCAUCAUCACACCCCCGACCCCCACAGGCACCAUUCUGCCUAGGGACUCCCGGCGAACAGUCUGGCUGGAUGAGACGGGGAAUGGCUUGGAUGAUGGAGAGAUGGACCCUGAAGCCUGAGGAGUCGUCUUGUCAUGGCUGCCUGGGCAGCUGUGCUGAGCAGCUGAAUGGUGACCUGGACCAAGAUAGGGGUGGCAGGAUGAGCAGGGCAUGUUUUCAAGUGGACCAGACAUCCAACGCCUCCAUGUUCUUACCUUGGCAUGGCAAAGGGGAGGAGACUCUGUCCUGCAGUCACUGUGAUGGCAUGGAGUGCCAGGGAGAUAACCAUCUUCCAAACAGACCCACGCUCCCAGAACCCUGGCCCCCAAGGUCAUGGCACACAAGAACUUCUUGCCAGAGGAGUGACUCCAUUUUUUACAAGUUGUUUCACAGAUACCAAGACAGCCCCAAACGUGAUUUAUAAUUUCCUCUUUUGCAUUAUAAAUAA